AUGACCACAACAACAACCUCUGUCCUCGCCACGGCGACCGCCUGCGGCGCAUCCGUCUACCAGAUCCCCAUGACCGACGCAGCCUGCGCGGCCAAAAUCUCCGGCAACAUGACCUCCGUCUUCGACACCUGCUGCAAAGGCGACAGCCCGGUCAAAUACGACUCCGACUGCGGCAUCUAUUGUCUCGCACAAGAACAAACCGUCGCCGAACUCACCGACUGCCUGCAGAGCAAGUCAAACAACUACCGUGAUGUGUUCUGCCAGGGCAAGCAGAAUGCUACUGCCACUGUUGCUGCGACUACUACGAAGACUACCUCCACGAGCACGAACACGCAUUCCGGGACUGGUACUAGUACGAGCACCAACGCUGCGGGUGUGAAUGGUGUUAUCCGUGCGACGCUAGAUCGGAGGGUCCAGGAUGGCGUUGCCCAGACGCCGCCAAUGGGCUGGAAUACGUAUAAUCACUACUCAUGCUCCCCUAACGAGUCGAUUGUCCAUUCUAACGCAAAAGCACUCGUCGACCUCGGCCUCGCUGAUUUGGGAUACCGUUAUGUGACAACUGACUGCGGGUGGACGGUUGCAGACAGAACAGCGAAUGGCUCAUUGACAUGGAACGAAACAAUCUUCCCGAGCGGAUUUGCUGCGUUGGGAGAAUAUAUUCAUGACCUGGGUCUUCUCUUUGGAGUCUAUGAAGACGCGGGGAUUCGCACAUGUCAGGUAGAUAUUGAACAGGUGGGGAGUCUGUAUCAUGAAGUCCAAGAUGCGGAUACUUUUGCCUCAUGGGGUGUCGAUGCUCUGAAAUAUGAUAACUGCUUCUCUGACGCUGCGACUGGGUAUCCGAAUGUGGAGUAUACACCGAGUACAUCCCCUCGAGCCCGAUACGCCAACAUGACAAAUGCAUUAUCCGAGCACAGGGCCGUCCUUUUCCAAAUCUGCGAAUGGGGUGUAGACUUCCCCGCUCUCUGGGCUCCAUCGCUAGGCCACACAUGGCGGAUUGGCAAUGAUAUCAUUCCUGCGUGGAGAGCUAUCUUUAGAACAUUGAAUCAGGCUGUACCGAAUACGCCGUUCGCGGGGGCUGGACAAUGGCCUGAUCUGGAUAUGUUGGAGGUUGGGACGAAUGUCCUGACUAUCGCGGAGGAGCAGACGCAUUUUAGCAUGUGGGCUAUUUUGAAAAGUCCACUUACUAUUGGCGGGGCGUUGAAGGAUGAAGUGACGAGUAUUGGCGAAGGAUCGCUUGCGGUGCUGAAGAAUAAGGCUGCCAUUGGGUUUAAUCAGGAUGCGCUGGGGGUGAGUGCGGUUUUGAGGAGACGGUGGACGGAGGAGGGGUAUGAGGUUUGGAGUGGAGAGCUUGAGGGUAGGAGGAUUGUCGCUGCGUUGAUCAAUUGGAAUGAUGUCGAGCGCGAGUUGACCUUAGAUUUGCCUGAUGUUGGGGUUCAGUAUGCUGGCACGGUCAAGGAUGUUUGGGCGGACAAGGUUGUUGAGGGUGUUCAGACGAGUUAUACCUCAACUGUCGCGCCUCAUGGGGUUAUUUUGUUGGAGCUGAGCAACACGACGCAAGCUGGUACCUAUUCAGCAGAGCGCUUUGCGACGAAGAGCGGAAACAAGCUGACGUUCAGCAACAUCUACGCCAACACCACCAGCUCAAAGUACACCAUUUCCAUCGCUUUCUCUCGGGCUUCAGGCUCAGCUACCAGCAUCACCCUUAGAUCCCCUGUCAGCCAUGCACCUCGGACAAUUCGGGUACCGGCUUCAAGCGAAACAGUACAAGCAAGCAUAUUUUUGACUGCAGGCACCGCAAACGGUAUUCUUCUGGAUUCAACCAUUCCAAUUGAAUCAAUCCAGAUCCAGUCCCCAACCGGAACGUACUACGGCGCUCCAGAAUUUGCCCUGUCAGGAUCCACCAGUCUCACAACCUGUGGGGAUGGUUACUGCAAGCCAGUGCGCUCAAAGAUUGGCUAUCUCAACAUCAAUAACACAGCCUCAAUUACCGUCCCGGUCAGUAUACCAUCCAAUGCCUCUGGCAAGUCUAUAGCAAAAUAUGUGGAGGUUGACUACAUCAACAACGACAUUGCCCUGUCUACUUCAUGGGGAUACGGAUCCAACUCGAGAAACCUGACUAUCUCCCUCAACAGUGGAGACCCAGUUCGUCUUGAGGUCCCUCUUUCUGGUCGGCAUAGUGAGCUCUAUGGACCAGGACUCGGUUGGUGGGAUCCUGCCACUCUGGGAUUGCUCUUGCCAGGAUGGAAGAAUGGGAACAAUACGCUGGUUCUCGGGAAUGAUGCCGCUGUGGAUGUGAGCCAAACUUACGCCCCUGAUAUUGUUGGAAUGCGUGUUUUUGGGUAG